AUGUUUAUUCAACAAUUGGCACUCAAGUAUCAGCCGUUUACAUGGGAAGUGUGAAAGUUUAAUAAACAAAAGAACCCAAUGCACAAGCUCUUCUCGCUUUGGUUCUCGCAUUUGAGCUUCAGUUGAGAGGCGACGCUGGGUUCGGAUUGUCGCAGAUCGCUUGCUUUUUAUAUUAAUUUAUUUAGUCGGUGCGAAAGUGAAUCAAAUCAUAACGCUUCUAUUGUUUCGUUUCCUAUAGGAAAUACAUGUGUGCUUAGCCUCCAAAACUCUUUGUGUUCUAAAAAUGCCAAAACAUUACACUGCCAAUUAAAGCCGAGUGCGAACAAAUAAGUGCUGAUAAUUUGCACAUUGCUGAGAAUUGCCUGCCCUUAUUGUUUAUAAUAUAAUCGGUUAUGCCGGUCAAAUGUUCUGUACACGCAGCCAUUGAAUAUUAAUAUCCUCCAGUUAGCAUAAGGGCUAAUUACUUGGAACCCCCUGGGUAAAUAGAGAAUUCAAUGAACACGAAAGUCCAAGUUCAUUUACACAGAGAUUUCUUGCUAAGUUCUAGUGUCCGGUUCUAGUUUCUGCCACCAACCUUAUAUAGCAUACAUAUAUAUAACGAUCUACUGGAUUUGGGGUCCGGGUCUCAGUUCAUUGAGUCCGGUGCUCUCGACGCGAGCGGUUGAUCUGUGGCGAUCUCUUGGGGUGUCGUGUUUAUAUUACUGCUCUGAUUAAAGUCUGUUGCAAUCAGCACGAAUCAUCAGUAGUAAUUCAAUCAGAAAAAUGGUGGGAAAAAUUCUUCAGCUUGCGCUGCUGGUUCUCCUCGUCUCCUGGACGCAAGCUCAGACCGAACCCUACGAGGAUCCCAACAGUCUCAAGGUCUGGCUGACCAUCAGUGCCCGCAAGAGAUUCCUGGAGGUUUCAUGGAGCAAUGCGCCGGCGCGGAUGGGUGACCAAGUCCUGGUGACGAGGCAGGAUGCCCUCAGCUUCGAUACCAAGCUCCUGCCCAAGCGGACUCCACUGGCGACCUUCCACAGCGAGGAGGGCAGUGGUUCCGGCGAAUCACCAAACAGCUACGUGCCCAUCAGUGGAUUCACAGUCAGACCGGAAGCCAAAUCGGACACCAAUGAGGUAGAACAGAAGUACUGGGUGGCCAAUGGAGGAGCCACCGAGGUCGUGGCGGCCAUUCAACCCACCCAGGGUCUCUCCACCCAGUGGUUCACCACCGGACUGCCCUUUGACUACGCCCUGUCCAGGAAUGUGACCGUUCAGACCUCCUGCUACGGCUUUUGGGCCAGCUACAUAGACGUACAGGGUAACAUCCUGGCCAAGACCUGCCUCAAAGUGUUUCCCCGCUGGAUGAAUCAGCUGAAGUCCAAAAUAGGAGAGAUGCGCCUGCGAGAUCUGUUCAUACCGGGAUCCCACGACUCCGGCUCAUAUCGGCCCAACUUCGAUCCGCUGCUCAGGGAGAGCCUGGUGACCAAAUACGCCCUGACCCAGGACGACGACAUCCGGGGACAGCUGAUGCACGGAGUUCGCUACCUGGACAUUAGAGUGGGCUACUACCGGAACUCCCCGGACCCGUUCUUCAUCUACCACGGGAUCACCAAGCAGCGUCCCCUUCAGGAGGUCAUCAACCAGGUGCGGGACUUUGUCCACGAGACCAACGAGAUUAUCAUCUUCGGACUGAAGGAGUUUCCAGUGGGAUUUGGAAAAGGACUUGGAGUGCAUCGCCUGCUGAUCAGCUAUUUGCGUGACCAGUUCCAGGACCUUAUAGCUCAUCCUUCGCUGUCCUGGCGCGCAUCCCUGCGCGACAUUUGGGCCCGCAGGCAGAACGUGUUCCUGGCCUACGAUCACGAGACCAUGGUGGAGGAGUUCCCAGAGGUCCUGUUCGGAUCCGUGGAACAGCGUUGGGGAAACAAGCAGACGUGGUCACAACUUGAGACAUAUUUGCGCAACGUUAACGACUUUGACGCGUCACGGUUCUCCAGUCGCCCAGUGUCCGAUAUGGCAGAGUUGACCCCGGAGACCUGGGACGUCAUUUUUGACAAGCACGGAGGACUACGCAAGAUGGCCGACAACGUGAACUGGCGGAUCUCUCAGCUGUAUCGAAAUGAAUUGGGCACCAAUGCCAACAUUGUGUCAGCGGACUUUAUACGGGGCACCACACUGGUGGAAACAGCUAUAGAGUAUAAUACUCGUAAGAUUUACAUGUAGAUAGAAACCGUAGAGCACCGGGAAUUUAAACCAACAUUUCCGAAUUUGCAGUAAUACAUUUAUUUGCUAAGCGAUAAGUUAUUGUACUGCCAUGUGGCUUCCCUAAACAUGUCACAUUUUAUAUAGUUUACAGUUUUGUUCCCAUUAAAGCGCAUUCAAUUACUUCCUGAUUGUGUUAAAAACGGAAUUAGGAGUAAACUUUAGUGGAGAGUGAGCCAAAAAAGGCCUUGGGUUGUGUAAAACCUGUUAACUGAGGAGCUUGCUCAAAUAAAUACAUAUGUUAAAACUAAAAUCUAA